GAGAUCACACAGAAUCAGAUCAGCUGUGUACCACGUGCCACGGUCACUUGAGUAAAGUGUGACAUCAUAAUAGUGAAAACAAAUUUUGUUAAUUUUGAGCUCUGCAGUAAUUUCUCUGAAAGUUGUAAAUCAAACGUUGCGAAGCGCGGGUUUCGAUGGUUUUGGUCAAGUUUCAGACAAUAAAACUUUAGAAAGUGUGUAAAAGAAGAAAACUAAACAUGUUCAAGAAAUCCGGAAAGUUUUGUGGUGGGAAUAGAAGAAAGAAAAAAGACAGCGGUGAUGAAAUUGAAAAGAAAAGUAGUGAUGAAGAAGACCAGGAAACUGUUGUGAGGAAAGAGAAGAAGAGAAAGAUGAAUCCAAUGGUUCAAUCGAGUGCGAAGUUCACAAAAGAAAAAGUAGAUUACAGUAGCAGUAGUAGCGGUGAAGGUUCUGAUGACGAUAAAAAUAAAAUUAGUGUUUCCUACAAAUCAUCGAAGACUGCUAAACCAUCAGGACCUGAUGAUAUGGGAGCAACAAGGACUUAUGAACUAGACACAGAAAAAGACAGAGAUGCACAAGCCAUAUUUGAACGUGGACUUGAAAUUCAAGACAAAAUUGACUCUGGUGAGGCAUCUGAGAAUUUAUACAGAGGGCAAGCUGGAUAUAGGCAAUUUAUCAAGCCAAAGGACACUGCAGCUGGUAACGCAGCAUCAGGAAAUGUUAGAAAAGGUCCAAUUCGUGCUCCAGAACAUUUAAGAGCAACAGUCAGAUGGGAUUAUCAACCAGAUAUUUGUAAAGAUUACAAAGAAACCGGGUUUUGUGGAUUUGGAGAUUCUUGUAAAUUCCUCCAUGAUCGAAGUGAUUACAAGCAUGGCUGGCAGCUAGAAAGAGAGAUGGCUGAGGGACAUUAUGGUGGAAACGAUGAUGAAAAUUGGGAAGUAUCAAGCGAUGAUGAAGAUUUACCAUUCAAAUGUCUAAUUUGUCGGAAUACUUUCAAAGACCCAAUCGUUACCAAGUGCAAACAUUAUUAUUGUGAGAAAUGUGCUCUGGAUCAUUAUAAGAAAUCAAAACGAUGUUUUGUUUGCGGAACUCAGACAAGCGGAGUUUUCAACCCAGCUAAAGAACUAAUUAAAAAACUGGAGAAAGUGAAGGAUGCAGAAGGUUAUGGACAAGAUGAAGACUGAUGAAAAAAAGAGGAAAGGAAAGCUUAUGAUUGCUGCUCAGAAUAUUGGAUGAUGAGAUGACCAAAAUCUCGCAGGUACUCGCCAAGCUGUAUCAGUGCUCGAACUGAAUAACAAUCAAGCAUUUGUGAAAGCUGAUGUUGGAGGCUGAUUGUUGUUCUUCAGUCUCUUUCUUUGUAUAUGGAAUGUUGUAUCGUUUUCAUCGAGCACCAAGGUUUUUUCUGUAGAGAGUGAUAUAAUAAUAAAUGUUAUUUUACUUGUUGUCAA